GGCCUGACCUGCAUGAUGAGCGACGUGCUUGUGGCGACAUUAGGCUCCUUGGACUGCAGCUGACGGUGGGAAUAGUUGAGGCCGUCCCAGGACGCGCUGACCAUGUUGACCACGUUAGCAUGCACCACCGUGAAGUAGCAACAGGAUUACCUCCGCGUCGUCCGCAGCCAUAGAUACAACGCCACCUCUACGUAAAACGUCAUCCAUGCGUCGUCAGUUGCCGAGCAACCGUAGACCACACGGAAAAGGGGGCACAAAGAAGAGUGUAUGGAUAUUUGCACCGGCCCUUUUUCCCCACCCACAGAGGCCUAAGGUUAGGGUUGACCUCACAAAGAGGCAGGGGCUCUGCCCUUCUUCUCAGCCAGGUCUCAACAUUCUGUGAUGGUCUCCCCUCUUCUUCAAGACUUUCCUCUCGUUGCAAAGCCUCUGAGCCAAGAUGCCCCGCUCUAUAACCAAGUCCCAAGCUGACAAGCGAACACAUAGGUCAUCUGUCCAAGUGAUCACACCUCCAACGCAGGACCUGGAAGUGGAAGAUAUUUUCUCUGGUCGCUUAACUCAGGCCCAAUGGAUAGAAAUGUUGAGCCAGGAGGAUGCAGAUGAGACAGUGGGGGAGAUCAUGGAGGAGCUGAUGAGCAAGGUCAUGGAAGGCUGUUUAAAAGUGUACAUUGAAAGACAGCUAGCACCUUUCUCUGUAUCCUGGGCCAAGAGCUACCUCACACAGACCCUAGAGUCUCAAAUCCUGUUCCCAGAUGAAGGAGAAGGACCAGAGGAAGCAUCUAAAACAGAAGACUCAGAGCCUUUGCCAGCAACUUCAGAUUCCUGGAUUCGAGGAUGUGUGCCUGUUGUAAAUGCUACCCCUCGACCUCACCCUGCCCCACAACAGGAGGCUGACAUUAGCCAGGUCCCAGUACAGACAGAGCCAAGAGUCAACCAGCAAUGUAAUGUUGUGGCCCAAACAAACAGCUCUCCAAAGCGAUCUGAAAAAGAAACAAGUCCCAGAAGGCCUGUCAGUUAUGAGUGCUAUAAAGUGCUUAGUCCUCGCCCCCCACCAAAAAUUAAUCUAAAGAAAAAGCAGCAGGUUACUUUACCUCCCAAACCUGUUGCAGGCAAAUUACUGCCUCCCCUUCCCUGUUCCGCAGAAAAAAAGGAUGUGGAGGUCGAGGGUAAAGAUGGGACACAUUCUGUUUAUAACUACACGACUGGAUCAUCAUAUCAGCAUAAGAACAACCAACCCAUACCAAAGCUUGAUCACUCCAGCCUGCCUCAAUACCGCAUCUUUCCUCAGUAUGAGAUUGUGGAUAACAACGACACAAAACCCAACCCCAAGAAACCAGGUGGACUAUCCAAACUAGAACCAAGGCGUAACAAGCGGCAGACUGAGCGGACAGUAACCUCACCGAAGCAACUAACCAGUUCCAAGGAUCAGCCAGCAAUGUUUCAGAGGAGCAAGACAGAUGUCUGGCUGAAGAAACUGUCCCCCUCUCGACAUAGAAAGGAAGGGAUGGGGUACUCUGGGCCUCUGAGGCUGGACACAAUGGUUUUGGCUAAGGGUGUGUCUCUCCUGGAUCCCCGGGCAGUUGAAAUGACCCCUCUCAAAUGUAACCCUCCUACUCCGUUUACCAAGCUGAGGCCGAUACGAAGUGAUGCAGUUGUGCCACCGUUUUCAGUUGAUCAGUUUACUACAGGUCAACUACCUCAGGUCACACCAUUGUUUCAGUCCAAGAGCUGUGAAAAAACUGAUUGUAAAAUGUAGUGAUAAUAAAUGUAUGUUGCUGUAUUUAGUUCCUUGUAAUACAAGAACACAUCAUAAAGUGUUCGGCUAAGUUGGGAAAUGUUAUACUUUUUGAAAAAAAUUCUAACUCAAUUUAUUUUUCUAGGGUAGGCUAAAUAAGAGAAACACUUGUUGAAUCAACAGUUUCAACAAAAACUGAAACGAGGGAGGAUGUAUUGCAAGGCUGUUGUAUUAAACUGCAUAAGUUGUAGACAGUAUACAGUCUAUGGAUAGUACCUAAUAAACUGGCACAUUAUAGGCAUACUAAUAUUAAUAUGCAGCCUCUGUAAACAUCUGCCAUAGAUGUGGUUAUUUUAAUAAAACAAUUGCAACAAAAAUAAGAAAUAUGAUAAUAUUAUAUUUGUUUUAUUAUAUACUUUUAUAAAUAAAUGUACAUUUACU